AGGCUUUGCUGGAUUUGGCCUUGAACCAGUAUGGGAGCUUCGUUGCUCGAUCCUUGCUGCAGGAUAGCCGAGUAGACGCGGAGGCAGCGUUAGGUCAUUUGCAAGUUCGCCAAGCAGAUGUGGAAGCCACCAAGCACGGGCAUCGCUUCCUCGUGGAUGUGGGUGUGGUGUCUUGAGCAGUGACCGAUUUGAUGCGGACUGGCGGACUGGCCCAAACUUGUAGGCCUGGGGUACAGAUCGGCCCACAGGUUUGACAUGGAUUGAAUAUUCUAGUUGAAAACACAUCGAGACAUGGAGUUGCUAGAUGAUGUAGCAUGUAUCAUGUAUGAUCAUGUAUGUUAAUUUUUUAAAUUCCAAACUGCUGAGUCAGUUCAACUGUACAGUGCAUGCACAAAGACGGGGUGACCAAGAAAAAUCAACGCAGCUUCUUGGGCGGGGGGGGGCCAGUUCACCCCUCACGCGACGGCAGUCGAUGAUUUCGAUGGCUGAAUCAGGAUCCUUUAAGCUGGGGGGUUUUGGAUUUCAUGGUUCUGGUCAGCCAUCAACUCAGCCGAUGAGACCUGGUCUAGUUGCUGCUUUGCUUGGUGUUUUGAGCUCAAAUCAAGCUGGAUAUAGCUAUAGAUAGUUUUUUUCGGCCGGUGCUACACGGUCCCGUGGGUUUUUCAUGUUCUCGAUGUCGAUGCCUGGAAUGGCUGGGGCAGAGCAAGGCUUGUCUCACAUGCAGCAGGUCAUCUAUUGGGUUCCCAAGAGCUCAGUUUCUGGCAAUGCGACAUGGUCGCCACAGAUCCUUCCUGGUCCUUUCCACACAGAGACCCCGCAGAUGGAGAUGCCCACGGUAGGGCCUACAGUAGGGCCUACAGUGUCGGCAGUGGCAGCGCAAGAUGCUCAAAGGUCUGAGGUGCUGCUGCAGACUCCGGUCGAAGCCAGCUGCACUUUGGUGACUCCUUGCAGCACGGAAGUAUUUGGGCAACAAAAAUAGAAGCUUUGCUGGUCUAGAGACAGGGUCAUGUAGAGACUGUAGAGAUGUCUAGACUCUACACUCUAGACUAGAGUUAACCAAGUUAUUUAUAUAUAUUUUAUAUUUUUUUUUCAAUGUUGCGGGCAUUGGUUUAGUCUUUUUAGGCCCCAGAUGACGACCUGGCAUCCGCACCUCGCAUGAGCUCCAGUGCUGCAAGACGCCUUCGCCGCAAGCGUGCGCUGGAGAGAUCCAGAGGGGUGCAUGAGCACGGUCAUGUUAGACAAGAUGGAGCGGUAGAACGAUCGGAGAGAAGUUCAUGCGACCUCACCAUCGAUGAACUUCGAGUUGAACUGCGCCGAAACACUGCACGUGGCAUGCAGCGUUUGCGUGGACAGGUGUGGCGCCUGUCACGCGAUGCAGCUGGCUGUCGACUGGUGCAAGAAGCACUUGAGUUGGGCGGUCGAGAAGCUGUAGAUUUGGCGCAUGAGCUGCAGGGCCAUGUCCUAGAAGCGGUGACCUGUCCACAUGCAAACUACGUGGUGCAAAAAGUUGUGUCACAUUUGUCGGUGGCUGCCAGCAGCUUCGUUGUCAGAGAGCUCCAAGGAAACGCAGUGCGUGUAGCCAAGCAUCGCUUUGCUUGUCGCAUUUUUUGCCGCCUUUUGGAAUUCUCUGGCACCAGUGCGACUUCACAACUGGUUGAUGAACUACUAGAGACUGGAGAGAACCUUUGCACACACAGCUUUGCGCACCACGUGAUUCAAUCCAUUUUGGAGCAUGGCGAAGAAAGGCACAAGCAUCUCAUUGCCAAGAUGUUGACUUCGGAGCUCUGGACACAUGCGACCCACAAGAACUCCAGCUACCUCAUAGAGAAAGCGCUUUGCUACUGUAGCCAGCAGGAUCAAGAAGUCCUGGUGGGGAAACUGGGUCAUCCUGAGGCUUUGCUGGAUUUGGCCUUGAACCAGUAUGGGAGCUUCGUUGC